AUGUCAAAAGAUCCAGAAGAAAAUAUUGGUAAUGAAAGUACACCACCUACGGUUUCAAAUUUACAACUUCAAGCUUUGAUGGGGGAGAUGACGAGGAUGAUGCGAGAGGAGUGUGAACAAAUACAUGCAAGGCUAGAUAGAGUAGAAGAGGGAACCCAAAGGAGGCAGCGGAGGAAUAGGGUUCACCAAAGGGAUGAUAAUGAAUUAGAUGGGGAUGGGAUAAUUUCUGAUGAAGAGUUUGAUGGGAUACCAGUAGGGAAGAGUGAUCUUGAAGCAUACUUGGAGUGGGAGAAGAAGAUGGAAUUGGUAUUUGAUUGUCACAACUAUUCUAAAACGAAAAAGGUAAAACUUGCUGCCAUGGAAUCUACUGACCAUGCUAUUGUUUGGUGGGAUCAGUUGUGCAUCAAUAGGAGGAGGAAUGGAGAACGAGAUAUUGACUCUUGGGAGGCUAUGAAGAGGGUAAUGAGGUGGCAUUUUGUACCAUCUCACUAUUAUCGAGACUUGUACCUCAAGUUGCAAGGUCUUCAUCAAGGCUACAAGAGUGUUGAUGAGUAUUAUAAGGAGAUGGAGAUGGCUAUGAUUAGAGCCAAUGUGGAAGAGGAUCGGGAGGCAACAAUGGCAAGGUUUUUGAAUGGAUUGAAUCGAGAGAUUGCUAAUAUCAUUGAACUACACCAUUAUGUGCAAUUGGAAGAUUUGGUGCACAUGGCAAUCAAAGUUGAAAGACAACUUAAGAAGGGUAGUUUGAGCUCAAAGCCAAGGCCAAGUCCACACAAUCCAAAUACAACACCUUGGAUGUCAAACUUCCCAAAGAAAGAGGAUCAACCUAGUUCAUCCUCUGCACCCAAACCAGCCACCGCAACUACAACACCUCAAGGAAAAAUAGCCCCUCUUUCAUCUAGUUCUAGUGAGAUAAAGUGUUUCAAAUGUCAAGGGCGAAGACACAUAGCUAGCCAAUGUCCAAAUAAGAGAGUUAUGGUGAUUUGGGAAAAUGGUGAAGUAGAUUCUGAAGAUGAAGAAGAGCUUGCUGAUAUGCCACAAUUGGAAGAUGCUUCUAUAGAAGAUGAAGAGUAUGGGCCAGAAUACGGUGACAUGCUUGCACUAGUCACUAGACGAGCAUUGAACUCGCUAGCAAAAGAAGAGGAAGAAGAGGUACAGCGUGAGAAGAUUUUUCAUACUCGUUGUCAUGUGAAAGACAAGGUAUGUAAUGUGAUCAUUGAUGGGGGUAGCUGUACUAAUGUUGCUAGUUCAUUCAUGGUUGAGAAGUUUGGACUUCCAACGCUUAAACAUCCACGUCCUUACAAGUUGCAAUGGUUGAAUGAUAGUGGUGAAGUGAGAGUUACCAAACAAGUUUUGGAAUUUGAGGAUGUGUUUCCCGAGGAGGUACCACAUGGUGUGCCACCUAUUCGAGGAAUAGAACAUCAAAUUGAUUUUAUUCUAGGUACUUCAAUCCCAAACCGCCCAGGAUAUAGAACUAAUCCUGAUAAAACCAAAGAAAUACAACGGCAAGUUGAAAGAUUGAUGAUCAAAGGUGUGAGAGAAAGCAUGAGCCCUUGUGCUGUUCCAGUAAUUCUCGUUCCUAAGAAGGAUGGAACAUGA